AUGUGCGAAACCGACGAGGAACUGCGGCAGCGCUACAUGGAACAGUUGAAGCACCAGCAGCAGCAACAGUGGCAGCAAAACCAGACCCAACCAUCUCGAAACAUGAGCGGCCCUCCGUUUGUUGCUGACCCCUGCGCUUACGUGUCCGGCUACCGAGAUGCCAUUGUGUACAUGCAGGGGAAGGAGCGUCACACGUACCGCAACCGUGACGGCACACAUGUGACAUCGCCGGCCGCUUUUUACCUCCGACCUGUGCCAUGCGCCAUUGUGUCGCGCUUCGAUCCCCACCAGCUCCCGCCGGAGGACGGUGUGGAUUUCCUCGGCUCGACGGUGAAGGUGCUGGGGAUGUUUGGCCUCUUCCCCGCUACGCUCCCCGCCACCGCCAACGGUGAGACGGUGGAGCAGCACAUGCUGAAGGCCACCAUGUUCGUCGACAAGGACGUAGGAGAUCAAAUCCUCGGCAACGUUGUGAUGCUUGCGGUGCACAUGUACGUUCGGCAGUGUAUGGAGGCACGGAUACGGGCGCCGUACAUUCCGAUGGUGCCAUUCGUGCUCCGCACCCCUAUCUCGAACAUUCCCAUGCUUCAGUUUGUGCGGGAGAUGCGGGUACGGCUGCAGACUCUGCUUGACGCCGGCCUGCCGCGUAAGGGCGGGCCGCGUCUUCCACCCAGUGGCCUCCGCUGUGGCAGCAGCGGCUCCUUCUCCGGCGGUGACUCUGUCGAGGGGUGCGAUGUUCCUGCUUCCGCUUCUGCUUCUGCUGCGACUGCGGGGAGGCACGACAGGGACUUAUUCCUGUUUGAGGAGGAUGUGCCGAGCGCCGACACCUCGAAGCAGCUCUUUACGGAGGCCACCGAGACCAAGUGGCUAAGCUCCCACCCCAGCCAGAACACAAACCCCGACGGCGCAUUACCGAUCCUCAUGAUGUCUGGCGUGAACGUGCAGGCGACGCCGCUGAAGCAUUCUUCGUUGUCGAGUAUGGCCCACGUGCGGGUGCCAGCGUGGGCUGCGCUCGACAACUCCGCUGAAGGCCCUGCAUCAGGGCAGCCAAACGGAUCACAGCAGACGUCCAAGUCGGCCCUCCUCCUCGCAUGCCGGCGGGGUCGCUUCCGCAUUUGGGUCGAGGACGGUCGGCUCUGCGUUUGGGCCAGCGCGGCGUACGCCCGCCGUGGGUGCCUCAUCCUCGCUCAGCAGCUCACGCUCACCGUCGACAGCAACGUCUUGCCGCUUCCACGCUCGUGGAACUACCGCGGUUUGCUGCGCAGUGGGAUGCCGGUACCGGCGCCGGUGCAACUAAACGACGUUUUCAUUCUGGAGCACGACAUACCCUCUAUGGGACUGCACCAGGGGGAUGUGCUGCGCUGUAGCACUGCACGCGAGGUCAUGCAACGCGAACGGCGUAGACUCUCCAACGGCACCACGCCCGCAACGCCCCUAGCACCGUCGUUUGAUAAAUUAUUCACACAGAGAAAAUCGAGCAGACAGAGCAUUUCCACGAUCAGUGAGUCCCCGUGCUCCACAGAUCAGCCAAGCGCACCGUUGAACUACACCAGCAACCACGUUAGCAAUGUCCUCCUGCAGGAUCCCGGGGAGGCGCCACCGGGUGCAUUUUGGGUGCACGUGAUGUACGACCGUGAUAACGCGGGCCCUGCGCCCAACGACAGGCGGCGACGCAGCAGUAACUCCGAGCCACAGCACAUGCAGCAACAACAGGACAGCAUGGCAUACCGACAGACGAAUGUGGAGGAGGUUCUCCUCUCGUGGAUCAAGGGGAUAGCCAUCCAGACACGCGACGCCGCAGAAACAGAUGAGCAUUGGGUGCGUGAUCCCGUCACGAAGUCACCAGUCCGCGUGGACCGCUACGUCAUUCGCCGCCUCGAGCAUGACGGCAUUCGCUACUUUAUUGGCGUCACCCCACGCUUUGUGGGGCAGCAGAGGCGGUUGGAAAAGGUGCUGGGUGAGCUGAAGGCGAUCCAAGGGCAGGAACCGCAUUCCUCCAUCGACGACGGCGACGAUGCGGACGAAAGUUGCGGCUUCGACAACGAAGACGAGGACGCGCGGGAGCGUGCAGUAAUGGCGCAGCUUCUCAGCGCGCCGCCGUCGAUGCUCGGCGAAAGCGGCCCUUUCGACACGGCGGUGCGACACUUGUAA